UCCACCUAGCUCUCUUAAUGAAGACAAUACAGUUGUGGUCCUUGUUCAUUCGGCUAAAGAUUUAGAUCUAGCUUCAGCAUCAGCCAAGGAGGUUGGUCUCAAAUGCCCACUAACAUGUCAAGCAGAAGAGAUAUUCACGGAGCUCUGCAACAAGGGUCGUGGAACUGAUGACUUCUCUUGUGUUUUCCGCCAUUACUACAAUGGCACGGAUGAGCUUUAA